AAGGGGCACUCUGAUGGGUGCAUGUAAUAGAAAGGGGCACUCUGAUGGGGAAUAUGAUGGAAAGAGGCACUCUUAUGGGGAAUAUGAUGGAAAGGGGCACUCUGAUGGGGAAUAUGAUGGAAAGGGGCACUCUGAUGGGGAAUAUGAUGGAAAGGGGCACUCUGAUGGGGAAUAUGAUGGAAAGGGGCACUCUGAUGGGGAAUAUGAUAAAAAGGUAUACUUUGACUGUAAGGGGGCACUUUGACGGGAAUACCUGAUGUAAGGUGGCAAUGUGAUGGUAUACCUGAUGUAAAGGAGCACUCUGAUGGGGACAACUGAUGUAAAGAAGCACUCUGAUGGGCACAUGAUGUAAAGUUGCACUCUGAUAGCGACACCUAAUGUAAGGGGGCACACUGAUGGGCACACCCUAU